CAGCCACUGAGCCACGCCUGCCAGGCCACAACCUGCUUCUUGUGUCUUGUGUGACCAAUCACUUGUAAUAACAUCAUGAGUUGGGCCUCAGGGAGGAGUCUGACCCUCCUCCCGUCUGCCCUCCAGACAUCCCAAUAUCCUACGCCUGUACAACUACUUCCAUGAUGAGCGGCGCGUGUACCUGAUCCUGGAAUACGCGCCACGGGGCGAGCUCUACAAGGAGCUGCAAAAGAGCCACACGAUCGAUGAGCAGCGUACGGCCACGAUCAUGGCGGAGCUGGCACACGCUCUGGCCUACUGCCACGAGAACAAGGUGAUCCACCGGGACAUCAAGCCGGAGAACCUGCUGCUGGGGCUCCGGGGGGAGGUGAAGAUCGCGGACUUCGGCUGGUCCGUGCACACCCCCUCGCUGAGGAGGAAGACCAUGUGCGGGACUCUGGAUUACUUGCCCCCGGAAAUGAUCGAGCAGAGGACGUACAGCGAGAUGGUGGACCUGUGGUGCAUCGGGGUGCUCUGCUACGAGCUGCUGGUGGGAAAUCCCCCCUUCGAGAGCUCCUCCUACUCCGAGACCUACAGGCGCAUCCUCAAGGUUGAUGUAAAGUUUCCUCCAUCGAUACCUUUGGGGGCCCAGGACUUGAUCAGCAAGCUUCUCAGAUACCAGCCCUCGGAGCGGCUGCCGCUGGCCCAGGUCCUGCAGCACCCGUGGGUGCAGGCCCAUUCUCGGAGGGGGGGACCUCCACCCGCUCCGUCGGCCUCCUGAGUCCUGCCUGCCCGGUUCCUAUGUGUUUGUUCAGGGAGCUCUCCUGGCUCCGCUAUCA